AUGUGGCUCUAUUAUAGUCAUCAUUACCGAUUCGUCUACUGUGCUUUCGGUAGGCCAUAUGGUCUACUGGUAACACCCGAUAAGCAUGUAACUAUUUCAGCCCUUAUUGAUGCAGGUCAGCCGUGGCGACGAUCAGCUUACGACAACAUCAUCUACACCGACUGGAAGCGAGACAAUUUCUACCGAGCGGUCGUGAAGGAGCUCGGGGACACGAGAGGGCCGCUGGGCAUCGAACACGACCACAUGACCUUGGAAGUCACUCAUAAACUCAGGAACAACCUGCCUCAUAAUAAUACGUUGGUGGACGUGGGUGCGCAUACUAUGAGGAUGCGCAUGAAGAAGAGCGAGGAGGAGAUUGCAGUUACAAAGAUUUGCUGUGCGACGGCAGACUUGGGAGCAUGGGCGUGCAAGGAGGCUCUUCAUGAAGGAGUGCCAGAGUACGAGGUGUCACUGGCGGGUCUGAGUGCCAUGGUGAGGAAUAUCGCCAAGGUCUACCCCGAUAGUGACAUCAUGGAUAGUUUAGUUUGGUUUCAGUCCGGUAUCAACACAGACGGCGCUCACAAUCCACUUACCACAAGAAGGGUGAAUAAGGGUGAUAUUCUGUCCCUUAGCUGCAUUCCUUUACAUCAUGGAUACUACACCUCCGUGGAAAGAACGAUGUUCCUGGGCCACUGCUCUGACGCCCACCUCAAGAUCUGGGAGGCGAACGUGGCGGUGCACAAGAGAGGGCUCGAACUCAUUCGCCCCGGGGUGACGUGCGCCGAAGUGGCCAAGGAACUCAACCACAUGUACGCGGAAUUCGGCUUGUUGAAGUACAGGAUGUUUGGUUACGGACAUUCCUUCGGGACUAUGAGUUUUUAUUACGGGCGCGAGGCUGAACUGGAGCUUCGUGAGGACAUCCACACCGUCCUGGAACCCGGUAUGGUGGUAUCAAUGGAACCUAUGAUCACCAUACCCGAGGGCCAGCCGGGUGCGGGCGGGUACAGAGAACACGACGUCCUCGUUAUCAACCAGGAUGGCACAGUCGAUGACAUCACGGGCUUUCCCUUUGGCCCUGAGCAUAAUAUUGUUCAGAAGUAAUAGGGUUUUAGAGGAUGUAAGAAGCUCAUCCCGCUGUGGACUUUCUGUUGCUCAUAAGGAGCUUCACCUGACUGAUGGUUUUCUUAAGAACAGAAAUGUCGUCGACAAGAGACUCAUCGUAUGGAUAAUGUUGUUUAGAGGAAGGAUAGUCUCAGGAAACUCCGUAGGUUACACUUUUUUUUUUUUAGAAAACUUGAGGAAGAUUUUUUUCCUUGCUCCCGCAAAAGUAGUAGUAGAAGUUAUAGUAAUAGUAGCAGCAAUAGUAGUUGUAGUCGUAGUUAUUGUUGUUUUGUAGUAGUAGUAGUAACAGCAGCAGCAGCAAGAGUAGAAGCAGUAGUAGUAGUAACAGUAGUAGUAGUAUUUGUGGUACUAGUAGCAUCAGCAUCAGCAGUGACAAUAGUAAUAAUAAUAGUUGCAAUAUCAAUAUUAGAAACUAAGUAACAUCAGUAAUAACAGUUGCAGCAGAAGUAGCAGCAGUGGCAGUGGUAAGAGUAAGAUCACUAGCAGUAACAUUUCUUUCUCACUAUCACUAUUAAUAGUAAUGCAGCACAGAUUAAAGAUCCAUAUUCAUUUCCUAGUGAUAACCAUUAUCAGCCUACACACAAAGAAUCAGCCGUAAUCAAAACAUCUCACCGACCGUGGAGAGCGCUGGACCAUUCACCGGUCGAUGAUGAACUCCUCAGCUGAAUUUGUCGCCGGAAUCCCAACCCCAGAAUCAUAUCCGCCGGAGCACGUAUUCCUGUUUGUCUUCAGGCGUGAUCCUACUUUGGAUUCAAAGUCAUAUGAAAUGCAAACAAGCACCAGUCGAGUACACGGGAGAUCCAGGUGUGGGUCGUCUGUGUGGCAGGGAUGGAGUUUGAGGAGAGUUUUUAUCUUUUGGGUUUGAUUUUUAUUUUAUCGAGUGUUCAUGUAUGCUGAGGGUUCGUUGUUUGUUUGUUUAUUGGUGUUUCCGUCCUUCCUUCUUUUCUUGUUUCUUUAUUAUUGUCGUCUGUCUGGCUGCCUUGCCUUGCACUCAGGGGAUAAUUUAGAAGCAAAAUGUAACAGAUACUAUGGCACACCAAGAGUAUCCAUUGUAACAAAUGGAAUCAAACUAAAUUAUAAAAUUAUAGAUUAAAUUAACUUCUGUCUCUGUUUCUGUUUCUCACUACAUCUACUAUGAUGUACAAUUACAGGUCAAAAGGUCAAAAGAACGAAUUUAUCAAUAUGAUAUCACCUUUUACUGA